UCACAUCAUAAAACACUUGAAAAAUGAGAGAAGUUAUAUCUAUUCAUGUUGGAUAAGGAGGUAUCCAAGUAGGAAAUGCAUGCUGGGAAUUGUUUUGUCUCGAACAUGGAAUUCAGCCUGAUGGAUAAAUGCCAUCAGAUAAGACAAUAGGAGGAGGAGAUGAUGCUUUCAACACCUUUUUUUCAGAAACAGGUGCAGGAAAGCACGUUCCAAGAUCUGUGUUUUUGGAUUUAGAGCCCACAGUAAUUGAUGAAGUCAGAACAGGAACUUAUAGAUAAUUAUUUCAUCCUGAGUAAUUGAUUUCAGGAAAGGAAGAUGCUGCCAAUAAUUUUGCAAGAGGACAUUAUACUAUUGGAAAAGAAAUCGUUGAUUUGUGCUUAGACAGAAUUAGAAAAUUGGCCGAUAAUUGCACUGGUCUAUAAGGAUUCUUAGUAUUUCAUACAGUAGGUGGAGGAACAGGAUCUGGACUUGGAUCAUUGUUAUUGGAGAGAUUAUCAGUUGACUAUGGUAAAAAAUCCAAAUUAGGAUUUACAAUAUAUCCAUCUCCACAAAUUUCAACAGCUGUUGUUGAGCCUUAUAACUCAAUUUUAUCAACUCAUUCUUUAUUGGAGCAUACAGAUGUAUGCGUUAUGUUAGAUAAUGAAGCCAUAUAUGAUAUUUGUAGAAGAAACUUAGAUAUUGAAAGGCCAACAUACACAAAUUUAAAUAGAUUAAUUGCUUAAGUUAUCUCAUCCUUGACUGCAUCUUUAAGAUUUGAUGGGGCAUUGAAUGUAGAUAUUACAGAGUUUUAGACAAAUUUGGUUCCCUAUCCUAGAAUUCAUUUUAUGCUUUGUUCAUAUGCACCUAUCAUUUCAGCAGAAAAAGCUUAUCAUGAAUAAUUAUCAGUAGCUGAAAUUACAAAUUCAGCAUUCGAACCUGCAAAUAUGAUGGCCAAGUGUGAUCCAAGACAUGGUAAAUAUAUGGCUUGUUCAAUGCUUUAUAGGGGAGAUGUUGUUCCUAAAGAUGUCAAUGCUGCUAUUGCUACUAUAAAAACUAAAAGAACAAUAUAAUUUGUUGAUUGGUGUCCAACUGGUUUUAAAGUUGGUAUAAAUUAUUAACCACCAACUGUGGUACCUGGUGGGGAUUUAGCAAAAGUAAUGAGAGCAGUUUGCAUGAUUUCUAAUUCAACAGCCAUAGCUGAAGUAUUUUCUAGAUUAGAUCAUAAAUUUGAUCUUAUGUAUGCCAAAAGAGCAUUUGUUCAUUGGUAUGUGGGAGAAGGAAUGGAAGAAGGAGAAUUCUCAGAAGCAAGAGAAGAUUUAGCGGCUCUUGAAAAGGACUAUGAAGAAGUCGGAAUUGAGACAGCUGAAGGAGAAGGCGAAGAAGGUGAAGCAUGAU